AUGUCCACUUCAACCAAUGAAACGCUUGAUAUCAAGGAGUCUCUAACACAAAUUUUGGAUACGGUGAAUGAACUUAAAUCUACACAAAACAAAAUCAUUACUUCUAUUAAUUCAUGCCGGGAAUCUAACAAAACCCAGGAAAAAAAAGCUAAAAUUGAGCAGAUAGAAGGCAAAAUAACAACUUUCCCUGGAGCUAACGUUGAAUCAGUUUACUCUGAACUUAUGGACCGCCAAUCUCGAGCUCGUAAUAUAAUUUUUUUUAAUAUACAAGAAUUUAAUUCUUUACCUGAUCAGUUAACUGACACUCUUACUGUUGAUGAAAUACUCAAAAGCAUUGAUUUAAAAAUUAAUCCUGUGUCUGUCCGUCGCUUGGGCAAACAAUCAAAUAAACCACGUCCUCUGCUUACUACUUUACCAAAUUCAUCCGAUGUCUUUGAAGUCUUAAGAGUAAAACGUAAAUUACUUAGUACUGCUAACUUCAAGGAUAUUCGCAUUGCAACGGAUCGGACAACUCAACAACGGCAAUUUUUCACUAAAAUUGUAUCUCAACUUAAACAACGUAAUGAUAACGGCGAAGAUAAUUUAUUUAUUAGAUACAUCAACAAUGUUCCUACUAUCUCAAAAAACUUAUAA